CUGACUAAAUGCCUGGAGCGAUCGCCGCAAGAGAGCAACGCAGUCUGAGCGUCCCGACUUCUUCAGGAAGACAAGAGGGCACAGCUUUCCUCUCGAGCAGAAGAAGGAACAUACUCUAUUAUUUGAGGAGCCGAACGCUGCUACCUGGCAGACAUGAGUUCUCGGGGGAGCUUUGGCAGCAGCAUGCUGUUUCAGACAAUAAAUGACGACCUGAACGCAUCGAUGGCCACAGCAGAUGAGUUAUCCAAAGAGUUCAACUCCAUGCUGAAGGAGGCCUCGUCUGAUAACAACAACAUAGAGUCUCAGACCAGCUCUGCCAUCGUCAGAGGGAAGCCUCAGUCCAUCAGCAGCAGAAGUGGCAGCUCAACAACGUCCCACCCCGUGGACUCUGUCUUCAUAGGCAACAUAGAAGCACCGUCGCCCCCCCCUGUCUUCACCACUAGCCCACUCUCAUCCCCCAAGAUCAUCCCCCAAUCUCCUCUCCCUGUUGCCGGAUCUGACAGUUUCUCGUACGGCCAGCCGAGCCCCAAACAUUCGCCUCACACCCCGAGGCGCAAUUCCCCCUCACGGUACGACAGGAGCCCGCUGGGCUCCAUCAGUUACGUCGAUAGAAGCCCCUCUCCGAGCCCCACGGCUGCUUCUUCUGACCAGCAGCCUCGGUCUGCCCCGGUCCACUCCUCCAUGCUGAGCCCUUACGACAACAGCCAGAUGGGCCGCAGGUCGCCUCGCCCGGACCGAGGCCGCUCUCCUUUGAUGGUCGAUCCCCACAUGUCAAACACGCUGCCUCGAAAUUUUACUGCCUUCAGAAAACCCGAAGAGGGUGUGCAGCAGACGCAAAAGAGUUCUAGCAAGUGGAAUGAGACAGAUCUCGACAUGUCCUACGACAAGAAGCAGCACCACACCUAUGACAAAAAAGAGUGGCUGCGCCCGUCUGUGCCAAGUAGCAGCUGGAGAGAAUCCAACCUCGAUGGCCCUCCUCUGGCCCCAAGCCCCAAAAAGGAUUCUCCUCGCUCUCAAUCUCACAUUUACUCCCACGCUUCUCUCCCCCGUAACGCACGCAUAGCCAUACCUCCAGAUGUUCAGUCCCCGGUCCACUCCCCAUACCACCCUCAGCCCAUCAUCUCGCGCAUCUCCAUCCCCCCGACUUCUACGCAGUCCCGCCAGCACAAGCCCAUCCCCCUCUCCGUCAUCAUGCGUCUCCAAAACCCCCACUGGGGAGCAAAUCAGACUUGCCACCCCAGAGUCGUGGGAGCGGACGGGGACAUGGCACCGUACCAGCCACCUGUGCCCUUCCCGAGGGAGUUCUUCCACCAAUAUGUGCCCCAGCCGCUGCAGCACCCACCGGAGCUGAGACAGCCAGCCGUAUACACCGACGCGCUGAACUCGGGGGAUAUCGACGCAGAGUUGGAGCAGCUGGACGUUGUUCAUCACAUGCCUGUGAUCUCGGAGAAUCCCAGAGACCCAGAGGGCAAAGUGAAGGGUGCACCCCGAGCUCCCCGGCCCCUCAGCCCCACCAGACUACAGCCGGUGUUGGCCCCCGAGGCCCAAAGACAGGAGAUUCCUGACCUGGAGGAGCUGCUCCGCAUGAGGGCAGAGAUCCCACGGGCCCUGAAGAGACGGGGCUCUGUGGAUCAGUCACAGCCUCUGAAGAGUGCCUCCCACUACCAGCCCAACCAGUACAAGAAUCUUAUCGACAAGCUCUUUCACAGGAAGGCCCACCGCCAGAGGGGGGAGCAAAGUAGCGAGACCAGCAGCUCCUCAGAAGGAGAGGACGCUGCUAUGCCUCCCGCUCCUCUACCUGCACCCACAAUGUAUCCUGAAUUCAGAGGCUACCAUUCCAUCCUGCGGCAGUCCAAGCGAAAGAGUUCUGGGAGGCGUGCUCGACUCAGCCCGCUCGUCCUGCUGCUGGACGGAGCGCUGGUCGGGGAACUGGAGACAGUGCAGAAGGCCGUGCAGGAGAUGAACGACCCCAGCCAAGCCAAUGAUGAGGGCAUCACUGCCCUUCACAACGCCAUCUGUGGGGGCCACCACAACGUGGUGGACUUCCUGGUUCGCAUUGGAGCCAAUGUCAGCGCACCAGACAGCCACGGCUGGACGCCGCUGCACUGCUCCUCUUCUUGUAACGACCGUCAACUGUGUGAGUUUUUGGUGAGGAACGGAGCCGCCCUCAUGGCUAUGACAGAGAGUGACGGCGCCACCGCCUCCCAGAAGUGUGAUCCUUACGCUGUAGGGUUCGAGGAGUGUGAGAACUUCCUGAAGGGUGUGGAGGAGGCCAUGGGGGUGGAGAACAGCGGGGUGCUGUACGCGCUGUGGAGCUACCCGGCUCAGGCCGCCGACGAGCUGAGCUUCAAAGAGGGAGACAUGGUCACCAUCCUGCAGAAACCUGAGGGCUCGGAUUGGUGGUGGGCCUCGCUCUGCGGCAGGGAGGGCUUUGUUCCAAACAACUACUUUGGGCUUUUCCCAAAGGUUCGACCAAAGUCUCUCUGCUAAGUGGUCUCUUGCUGAUGGGCAAAGGUGUGCAGAGGACUGUGUCGAACACUACGCUCUACAGCUUCACACUGUUGUUUGACAAUAAUGUGUUUGUGUGAUUUCUAAAAAAAGUGCUGUGUCACCGCAUAGCAUGGGAAAUUGUUUUGAUCUGUCAGUCAAGGAGAGUUGAAGGAGAAGUCUCAGUAUUCAUUAUUCGCCUCACUGACAAUGAUACAUCUCUCGGCGAAGAUAUCAUUUGUCGCAGUUUUUCUGCGGGAUAUAUAUAUAUAUAUAUAUAUAUAUUCUUUCUAGUGAAGUUACAUCUCUGUCGUGAGCUAAACCUCUUCUGUCCAUUUCUGAUGGUGUAUCGAAAGAUCACCCAAAAGGUUUAUAUUACCUGCUGUGUUCCAGUCAGACGCUGACGCUGGCGACUCGAUGGCUAGUUGGUCAUCAGAAUGCAAACAGCAGCCGCUGCUUGUUCAGUCCAGUGAGGCCAAAGCUUCUGUGUGCCGUCUACAAACACGGCCCGGGAUUGCUGAAUUUAGAAAAAGGUCUGCUCAGAUCGAAGCAGAAUCAACUCCUUACUGAAGCAUUUAUUGUUUUGCGAUAUUUUUACUACUACUCUAUGUACAUAUCACUGUUUUUGCAGAUAGUUCUAUCCGAGGGAUCCUAAUAGAAACCACACUAUUUUUGAAAAGUGUUGUCGAGGUGUUUUUCUACCAAUGUAGAUGCAGACUUUACAUAUUUGUUUUAAAUCGGACACAGCAGGAAACUAACUGCACCUGGCCGGUUUGGCUCUAGUGCUUAUAGAUGAUGUAGGUCCUUCAUGCUGCCUGUAUGGAUUAAUAUCUCCGGAAGAGUACAUUUAUUCGUAGUAAGAGUGAAUUCUUGGUGAUGCAUUUGUUUUGUAUGAGUUUUGUUGAUAAGGACGGCUUUACACUUAACCUGUAACCCGCUCUCAAGAGGACUAUCAGUGACUAAAUUGUUAAAUACUCAAUAAAUACAUGGGUUAACAGGUUUUGGGGUUUCUAGUGAAAUCGUACAUCACAGUCGUGUGGAAAUGUGAAAUGUCCCUUACUGACCAGCAGAUGACACUGUAUAUUCAAGUAUAACUUCAACACAUUUGCAUCUAUCAAUGCUACCAGAUAAUAAAAACUAAUAUAUAGUAAAGAACCAUUUAUUGAAGCUGUUUUGUGCAGCAUCAGUCCUCUAUGUUGUUUGUUACAUUAAACAUUGUUAAUACUU